AUGGCGUCUGUACAGACUCCGUGGACCUCAAUUCUGCUUCAGGAAAAGCCUGGUCUACAUGAAUACAAUCAUGCCCUGUCGAAUGUCGAAAAAUACUACACUCGCUUGCAGCGAGCUAUGCAAGAUGAAUCCAUCCAUGAUCAACUAGUUCUCAACCCCGACCAAACACACUCACGUCUGCUGAAAUCCUUUGAAAUCUUGCGAACCAAGCAACUGCCCGGCCCUGUCGCCGAAGAGAUCUUCAAGACCAUGGUACUUCCAUUCAUUCACGACAACAUCUUCUCGCCGCCGCAGAUGAUUCAACUCGUUGGAUCUGCACUACCUCUUAUAACAAAACAACAUUCUCAAUUCCUGCGAGACCUCGCAAGCACUCUCCUCUCUUCACAAGGCUUGUUCGAUCACCUGGUGGCCAACGAAAAUUACACAGUGAUUCUGAAGGAAUGGCUGUUCUCGAAAAGAACCCGUCUUUCCCUUGCUCUCUCUACGCAGGUUGGAGACAGGUUGGUUGCAAUGUGCAAUGCCUGUUCCGCUGAUCAUGGAACGGAGGCUACUGUAGAGAGUUGGGGGAUUGCUCAAGAACUGAUGGAAUCCAUCAAUGCGCUCAUUGACUCGUCUUACGAAGAAGAACUGAAACGGGCAAAAGUGGAAAAUCUACCUCCUCUGGAAUCAAUGAAAGUUCUCAGUCGGGACGAUAAAAAGUCAACCCUAGUUCAACAAGGCCCCAAGAAGGAAUUGAAAAAGGAAUUCACGGUCUCGGACGAAAUCCUGCAGCAGAUGGACCACUUCAACAUCCUACCACCAUUGUCCGCUCGAGGCCUCACCCAUGCAGUGGAACAUCUUCAAAAUGAGAUUAUCCCAGCACUGAUGCGCUCUGCCUUGGAAAGCUUCCCAUGCAGAAUCUGUUUGGAUAGGCUCACUACCGGGAGCCUUACAGGUACUCUAGCCAAUUCGACAGACCUGCCUUCAGAUCGAACUACAGCACCGGGCAAUGCCCAAGAUAUUUUCGGCAAGAGAGUCGGCCUUUGGAAGGUUUUGCUGUCCGACAUCGCUUUCAAGAAUAUAAAGAAAUUGGUUCACGGAGGCGAAUUUGGCGGGGUGGAACAAAAGCUCAGAGAUUUGGCAAGCGGCGAAUGGAAAGGCAAAGAUCUAUCUCAUCGUGUGGGAUCUAAACAGCAGAAGAAAAGAAUGCAAGUUCCUAUUUUGGAAGUAAGCGCUUCUGCAACUGUGUCAAUGUUGUGGCAGGUUGAUGUUGGUUUUUACGAUGAGCUUCCAUGGGUACAGCAGCAGAUUGUCAAAGUGUGGCAAAUUGUGACCUCGGAAGAGGAGUUGGAAACUGCCAUUGAGCAUAUACUUUUGAUCCAGGAAACCUACACCUCUGAACUUGUUAAACUCUGUUUAGAACGUCCUAUUCAACAAUCUGAUGGAACUUGGACGCCACAGCGGUUCGGAAACGUGAAAGAGACUGGGUCUUAUCGGAUGAAAUCCAUUGCUUCUUCCAAGGCAAGCCCAGCUUUGAUUGAGAUGUCAAACAAAUUUUACAAUCUCACUGAGCCGUUUUUGAAGUCGAUCGUUGAUGAGAAUGACACAGAGGAGUUUCCGUUCGAUCUCUCACCCGAAGAAUUAGAAAUUGUGAAACACUUCAGCACAUCAACCUUGAUUCUAGGACGAAGUGGUACAGGAAAAACCACCUGUCUGCUGUUCAAGAUGCUUGCCAAGCAUAAAGCAAGACAGUCAGCGUCGGAUGGGCAGCAAGCCCGACAGCUUCUCUUGACUCGCUCCUCUUAUUUGGCUUCAAAGCUUCAAACAUAUGCCAAAAGUCUGAUAGACGCUCAAUCCAAGGCUCCAUCGACUGAAGAGGAUGUAGACUCAGAUCUAAGACCGACCUCCUUCUUCGCCCUGAAGAAUUGGCACUUUCCAGUUGUCUGCACUUACGACGAGUUUCUUGGGCUUCUAGAAAACACAAUCAGAAUGGCGGAUCGAAAAGACUUCUUAAGAGACAUCAACCCCAAUAAGACAAAGGGCCUAGAAGUACAAGGGGGAGACAAGCCACGAAUUAUUGACUUCAGUAUUUUCAAAACAGAAUAUUGGGGCUCUCUUAGUGGAUUAGCCCCACCAUCUUGCUCUCCAGAGCUUCUCUUCGCAGAGAUCAUGGGCGUUAUUAAAGGCUCCACCGUCACGGCAAAAAGCCUAAAGCCGUUAUAUCGUGCGGAAUAUGUCAAGAAGAAUGCCAAAGCUUCUCCCGCUUUUACCUCUGAGGCAGAGCGUGAGAAGGUAUUUGGAGCUUUUGAGCGCUAUGAAAAGCAAAAAAAGCUUCGCAAGGAGAUUGACGAGUUGGACCGUGUCGGUACCUUACUGAAGUCUCUGAGAGAUAACAAAGCUCUAGCAGAGCAGAUCCAACGCUGCUUCGAGGAGAUUUAUGUUGAUGAAAUUCAAGACUUACGUUGUCUGGACAUUGUCUUACUUUUGGGUUGCCUUAGUGACGCCCGUGGGAUUCACCUUGCUGGUGAUACCGCCCAGUGCAUCUCAAAGGACUCGGUUUUCCGGUUUCCUGAGAUAAAGGCUUUUUUCUAUGAACAUUACGAGAUCAUUGCCAACGAACUAAAUCAGCCCUCAUUUGCCAAGCCCGUUCAAUUCUCUCUGGCUAAAAACUAUCGCUCGCAUCAGGGCAUUCUGAGUUUUGCAUCAUGGGUGAUGCAGCUACUCUGGCAUGGAUUCCCGGAAACAAUUGACAAACUUGACCCAGAGAUUGGCUACAUUGGCGGACCGAAGCCAAUUAUCUUUGCGGGAUUUGACUCCUCCAUUCUUUCUGCCAAAAUGAUUGGUCUGGUCAAGCUUAAUGACAAGGUCGCCGACUUCGGCGCCGAGCAAGUCAUCCUUGUCCGAGACGAUGCAUCAAAGGACAAAUUACAAACCCAAAUUGGCGAGAUUGCCCUUGUUUUGACAAUCCUAGAAAGCAAGGGUAUGGAGUUUGAUGAUGUUUUGGUGUAUGACUUCUUCGGCAGCAGUGGACUUGGCAGUAGCUACCGGUGCCUUUACAUGCUUGUCCAAGCAUCACGAGCGCAGUUUGAUUCUCAAAAACAUGCGGCUUUGUGCUCCGAACUUAAGUCGCUUUAUGUUGCUGUCACUCGAGCCAGAAAGCAACUUUGGUUCAUGGAAACCCAAGAGAACAGCGUUGAUCCUAUUGUGCAAACACUCUCACAGAGCAACAGCCUCAAGCUCGCUGAAAUUGUGAAGCAGAAAGACCCCAAUGUUGCGGAAAAGGUCAUGGUUCUGCGAGCCGGUGGCUCAGUGGACCCAGAGAGGUGGCUUAAGAGAGCAGCACAUUUUCUCCAUCAGAAGAGCUUUGCAGAGGCAUUGUUCAGCUACAAGAAAGCCAAUAAUUCUCGAGGAAUAACACACUCGCAGGCCUGUUUGUAUGAGCAAGAAGGAAGAUCCCACCGAGCAGCGGGAGAUACCGAAGAAUUUACCGUAUGCUAUGAGAAAGCAAUCGCUCUUUUCCUUGAGGUUGGUCUUAUUACAGAAGCGGCGAUGUGCUACGAGGGACUUGGACAGUUCGGCAAAGUUGCAGAAAUCUGGAAGGAGCGUGAACAAUAUCAAAAGGCUGCAUCUUUCUAUGAGAAAGGCAAUUUUUUCACCGAAGCUUCGGAGUGUUAUCAUGCUUGUGGCCAGUACGAGGCGGCAAUCGAGGUCUUGCGCCGCGGAGACCAAUUUGAUGAACUCGUCGCCUAUGCCAACAGAAACCGCGAGUAUCUUAGCGAGCCUACAUUGGUUCGUUAUUCGAGACUUUGCAAUAUCUUGCUGAAGCAGGGACGUGUCUCUGCCAGUCUGAGGGCAAUAACCAUCAAUAUGCUUGGAUCAGAUGUGUCCAAAAUUGCCUUUUUCAAAGAGUUUGAAAUGUGGAACCAACUGUGUACACUCUAUUCAUCAAAGUCCAGAUGGUUUGAGUAUUAUGAUCUAUCAGUGGCUGUUGGUGACAUUCCUGCGGCGAUAAGCACAUUACUGGUUCACAAAUUGAUACCAGUAGUCGACAAGCCAGUUGUUGAAAAGCUGUUUAGCUAUUCCAUGGUUGAAGUCUUGUACGCCCACAGGGACUUAAUUCCGAGCAAGCCUGAGCGAGAUGGGCUGCUGAAAUCAGCAAAGUCAACUUAUCUCGAAAAGCUUGGGGCACAGUGGAAAUCGCUAUUGCUGUUGGUCGACGAUUUUGAGGAUGUGGAUUUACCCGCGUCAGUUAAAACCCUAGAUAAGGGUCUUGUGAAGGAUAUCUUCUGUCUUUUUGUGAUUGCUUUCGAGCCGUCAAUAUUCACCAAGCAAAAGACCGAACAUCUUCCGAUGGAGAUUGUCAUCCGGGUUGGAAAACUGCUGCAAGACCUUCAUGCUCAGAACCAGUACUCCAUUAAGUGCCUGGCUAUGGCUUGUGGUAUUUUUACCAAUCCAAAACAAGAGAGCCAUACGAUCUUGCUCCACUGGUCUCCAUUGAGGACUUACACAGCAACGCCUCUUGAUGGUUCUUCAUUCCAGAACUUGAUUGACAUUGCAAAAAACUUCAUUCAAGAGAAGUUUACCGCAGCACUUGCUCAGUUCCAUGAAAAUGCACUCAGUCUCACGAAGAGGGAUUUUCUGCCGACAUGUGUCCAUCAUCUCUACAAAGGAUUCUGUCCAAAGUUUAAGACCAAUGAAUGCUCCUGGAAGCAUGAGAAGCCCACUGCAGAAUUCGCCAUUGCUAAGUUGAAUUGUCUUCUCGCUAUUGCUGAGGUUUUUGCGCGCCUCACGCCUGUUUAUUACCAAAGAGUCAUGGGCAAGGCUUUCAACAAACCAUUUUUGGGUCGUAGGAGAAUCUGGAUUCAACAGAUCCAAGAGGAGCUUGUGAUUGUCAGUUCACUGGAGCAAUCUUCUAUUGCAAUUACAAAUCUGCGUUUCAACUUGCAGAGCAACCCAGAGUUUGCUGCGACCGCAUACUGCCUAGAAGACUUGCUGUUCUAUCGCAUGAACACUGAAUGGGGCUCGAUGAACAGUCUGAGCUCUUCUCUAGAGAAGGUCCAAGAAGCUCAAAUUCUCGGCCCUCACCCAGCCACGCGUUUUCAGCGAGCACUUAUUCUGAAUAUGGAUCGCAUCAUGCCACCACGCCCUAGACGAUCCGGCCACCCGCUCGCGUUACCUUUGACAACGUUGAAUGCUGCUGAGAGAAUUCGGUCAGCGGUUGGAAGACGCCACGGUCAAGAUUUUCACAACGGCAUCAACACCUUUAUCCAAUGCCUCGAGAAGACACCUAAAUCUUCCCUUGGCUCGCUCCAUGCUGUUCUGUCUGUGUUCGAGUUUGCAGCUACGUAUAUUCUUUACAUCGCCAAUCCAGGGAAGGGUAUCGUGAUUCCUUGGUCCUGGGCUUUGCAGCAUCUUUCAACAAUUAUGCAAUCUCCCGUUAAAGACUAUCUGUUCAAGGACAGAGAGAUCCGAGUGCACAUAACCGACUUGAUGCACCUUGUCAUCAGCUUCUGCAACCUUAUGGAGCAAGUCGAAAAUGCCUUCACCAGCGGUGCUCUGAAGUUCCAAGGACUGGGCCGCACCAGCCUCCCAAUCCCUAUUGUCAAACGGCGCUGCACCGAGCUUUUGACCACCGUGAAUCUCAACCUAAAUCACUGGCCCAAACAGCCAAUUGGCUUUAAGGAUAUGGAGAAGGUGGUCAACAAGACACUUCGAUCAACCCUUAUUCCUCCGGGAAUGGCGCUAGAAUUUUCUAACAGUGAUAAAUUCCGGCAAAGUUGCAUCCGCGAGUUUGCAGCCUACAACCGCAAAGAUGAGCUGUGUGUCAUUGCGCUUGACGAUAGAAAGUCCGCUCCUCUCUUCUUGCGAUCUUUCACACAAGGAAACGUGAAAUUUAUCCAGCUCAGUGAUAUCUUGAAAAUAUCGCGCAUUACCGAGAACCAAUUAUCCAUGGGUCUGGAAGAAGACUGGCAAGUUGACGAAUAUACCGGCUACGAGCUCGAUAUGAUCACGAACCUUCAGCGACGUUGGCGACAAGUGAUGGAGGUCAUCGAGAACAACCGCCAUAGGGCACAAUCUCGCGAGGGCAAACUUAUCCAGCACUUCCAUGAGGUGUGCACGAGACGGAUGAGCGUUCUACCUGCGGCCGCUUGGUCAACCCGAGAUAAAAUACACAUGCGCAAGGUCAUAUUCACCGAAGGCAUAAAGAUCGCCAUGUCUCUUGAUGGUGUUUUGGACAGUUUCCGACAACUGAAUGACCGGUGGAGGCAACAAUUCCACAGCAAUUUGUCCACCGCAAAGCUAGAGGAGCUCUCCGUUAUUCGCGGACGUGUUCUGCCAAUCGAUGGGCAACUUGAGUACAUCGUUGAGCACUGGUCUCUUAAGGGCAUUGAGGAAGGUAUGAUGACCGUUCCGGCGGAGGACCUCGGUGUCUCAGCCCGUGAGGCCCAGCGCGCUCUCUGGGCUGUUCAGCGCGAGAUUGAAAUCAUUAAAUCUCAAGUUGAGAUCAUUGCGAAGAGCCCUGACCGGUAA